AUGGCACCGACAAACUCCAAAGCAAACUACAAGACCUACGAGGCGCAAGCCCGUAUGGUCAGGGCCAUUGUCGCCGCCCACCCGGACGUCAAAUGGAACUACAAAGAAAUCGCCGCCUGCUACGGCUCAGACAUGACCGAGCACGCGCUCAACCACCGCUUCCGCCGGCUCAGAGCCCAGGCCUUGAUUAUCCGCGAAGGACGCCCCCAGGGCUUCGACAUGAAGCACCUCUCCGUCGAAGACAACAUGCCCACGGCCCAGGACGCAGUCGACAAGACGAAUAUAGCCAAGUACUUUGGCCAGUCGACAGCGGACGGGAUCCAGUUCCAGUUCCGCGGCAUUAAAAAGGACGCCGACCAGCUGCGCCAGACGCACUCGUCGGGCGGCGACGUCGCCAACUGCCUCUCCCUGCCGUCGGGCACCUCGACGCCCACCAGGGCCACCGCCGCCGCCCGCACGCCAGGCAGCCGCAAGCGCCCGCGCGCCGAGCCCAAGCCCUCGCUGUCCGAGGCCUCGGGCGACGAGGAGGACGACUGGAGCGACAGGGACGAGACGCCGUCGAAGCGGGCCCCGAAGCCCACGCCGGCCCGGAAGACGGGCGCGCGCAAGGCCGCGGUCCGCGCGGGCGCUACCAUCGCCGCCGGCGCCGCGCCCGACUCGGACUCGGACGUGGUCCUUGUCAAGCCCGAGUCGCAGUACCAGAGCAUCUUUGGCGACCCCGCCGCCGCCAGGGCUGCCGCCGCCGCCCCCUCCCCGUCGACUGCCUCCGUCGCCGGCGCCUUUACCGAGCGCGCCACCGAUCCCGUCUUCUCCACGGCCUUUGGGGCCAAUCUCUACUUGGGCAGUUUUGAGGAAGCCAUCGAGGCGUAUGGCGACGGGGAGAUUUGA